AUGGAGAGAAGAAUCUAAUCUAAAAAACCAUUUCAAUCGAACGUUAAAAGAGAGAACACCAAUGGCUCCUAUUAAGUUGAGAGCUACGAUUUUGAGGCAAACGAGGAAGAUGAGGGAAACAUAAAUAAUUUUUAGAUAUACCAUGCGCUCUCAAAAUAGAUCACAGAUGGAGGUCAAAUUAUGCCAUAGUAUAAUUCUAGAGGAAGCGAUGAUAGGACCGAAUCUCCUGCUAGCAAUUAAGUUAAUAAGGUUAGAGCAAGCGAUACAAAUCUGGCUUAAGUCUAGAGGCAUUAGAUUGAUAAUUAAGUGAAGAGACUCAGUUAGUAGCCUAAUCCAAUAAUUCAUGCAUAAGAGUAACCUAUAAGUAUAUCUCAGGCAGAGUAUGAAGAAGAUGAAUAAUUUUUUGAUCAAAAUAUAGAGAGGCAGAAGAAAAGAUCGCUUACAGAUGACAAAAAAUUCCUUAGUCAGCCGAAUUCUAAAGAUCCUCAGGACUAAAAGCAAUAAAAAGAUUUGAUAUCUUAGAUCCAAUCCAAGGGAGGCAAUAGCACAGAUUCAACAUACACGAAAAUAAAUAAAUCUAACCAAAAUAACAAUAAAAAAGUUAGAAUAUAGUCUAACCAGUAUUCUGACUUCAAUUCUGAAGACUAUUAGGAGAAAACAGAGCCAAUAACAAUUGGAUUGAUGAACCCCUCUAAAGAUUUUAUGGUUCAUGAUUUUUAUGAUUAGGAAUUCAAGCAACUAAAAUUUAAUCAGGAUAUAAAGCACUAAAUCAUCAGAAAGGACUCUGCUUCUAAAUAGCAAAGAAACAAGGCUUAGAAACUAAAUCAAUCAUAAAACUCAGGUAGCAAAGAUGGCUCUUACUUGUAGUACUGGGUGAAUAAAGGAAUUAACUAUAAAUAUAAACUUCCCUGGACUUCUCUAGCUAAGGUUUUCACUGAAUUUCAUCCAGUUAGUUUUGAUCAAAAAGAUUUACCUUUAACACUGCUUGAUCAAAGCUGGGUACAAUUGGAGCAAGCAGACCCGCGAUAAAAAAAGAGAAGAGGCUCGGAUGAGCUGAGAUUAAUAAAGAUCGAAUUUGAGAAAAAAUUCAGUUAAAUAGUUCUAUGCACUUAUAGAAAGGGUUUCAAUCCACUUUUGUCAGAGAGUGAAAAAUUAAGAAAUAUGGUAAUGGCUCAUGCUAAAUUGGGUGAAAGCAAAAUAUUUACUAGCACUGAUGUUGGCUGGGGAUGCGCUAUAAGAGAGGAUGAUCCCAUUAUUAGAGAAAAGUUCCGAUCUAUAAUUAGACUUAUACUUGAUAAUGAUGGGACUAAGCAAGCAGCCUUUUCAAUAUAAAAUAUUGCAAAGAUGGGCUUCUGCCAUGACAAAUAUCCUAGUGAAUGGUACGGACAUCAUGCAAUGUCAAUUAUGAUGAGGGAUCUAAAUAAAAUGUAUUAGCCUGUACAUGAUUUCUAAAUAUGCAUAUACAGAGAUGGAAAUAUUUAUUAUGACAAGCUAAAGAAGCUAGCUAUUACUGAUGGAUAAAAAUUCUAAAUUCAGUCAUUCUAGGCUAAGAGAUAUUAAGGCGAAGCAAGAGAUACUAGAUGUAGGCAAGAUAUAGUGUUUCAUGAAUUCUUGAAUUAAACUGGAUACUUUAGUGGAAUCACCUUAUCUCAUAGCAAGCACCAUAAUAUGAGUAAAGAGUUUGAUAGCCCAAAGAGAGAAUCAUAAAUAUCUGAUAAUGAUAUGAUGGAAAAAGAACAACUGAAGAUAAUAAGGAAUGAGAAACUGUUGGAAAAAGCUUGGAGGAACGGAAUACUGAUUAUUAUUCCUACUAGACUUGGAUUAAACAAAGUAAACAAAGAGUAUUUCUAUGCCAUUCAAUAUAUCCUGCAGUUCCCACUUAAUGUGGGCAUCCUAGGAGGGAGACCUUAGUAAGCACUAUACUUUGAUGCUCAUGUUGGGCAUCACCUAGAUUAGAAUGUAAUGUAGACUUAUCAAUGCGACUAGGCAAAGAAGAUAUCUCUAACCAAAAUAGAUACUUCUCUUGCAUUUGGUUUCUUUAUUAAAGAUUUCUAGGAUUAUCAAUCGUUUGCGAAUUUCAUAGAGACAGGAAAGAAGGUCUAUAAGGAGAACUGGGUCUUCUCGAUAUUCAAGGAGAAACCUAGCUUCGACAAUUUUACUCCCUCAAUGAACGAUAAUUUUUAUCUACCUAAGACUACUCUUGGCUUUGAACAAAUCUCAAACAGGAUUUCAAAGCCACUCUAAAGUCCUUAGUCAAACAACUAAUAAAUAUAGCAAAAGUAAGAGAAAUAAGAUUUCUUAACCAUAAAUGCCUUACCACUUAAUAGAAAUAGAUCAACUAAUGUUUAGGAUAUAAAUCCCAUUAAGAUCUAGCCAGAAGGAGACGAAGAAUUCGAGCUGAUAUGA